AUGGAACGGCCCUUAGCGGAGAACGGCGUCAUGGAACACGUCACCGUGGUGUCGUGCUCCCCGAACGCGAGCAUGGCGGAGCGGUACGCGGCCACGUGCGCGGCGUUCGCGGUCGCGGAGGGCGCGCGCGCGGAGGGCCAGGACGUCUUGCUCGUCCUCGACGAUUUCACCGGGCUGAUCGGGUUCACCGUGGACAUGGCGAAGCUCUCGCCGCAGCUCGAGAACAGCGCGCCGACGGAGGAGGACGGCGUGGAGAGGAUGGUGGAGUACGAGGGGAUGAUCAUCAACGCGCUGCUCGCGGAGAGGAGAAGGUUCUUGGGGAUGACGCUGCAGAGGUGCGCGCGUCUCAACGAUAAGAAUGGAGGCGGAUCGCUCUCGUUGAUCGGAUGCAUGUGGCACCAAAAAGGCGCGUACAAGGGCAGGAAAGGGUCGAAGAAGGAUUCCGGGGAUCUCGCCGCGGAGGCUGCGCUCCCGAGCGGGUUCGACGAGAUGAGCGACGAGAUGAAAGCGAAGAUCACCGCGGCGCUGGAGAAGAAAAAGAAGGCGGCAGAGGCGGCGGCGGCGGCGGAGGCCAAGAAGGACGCCGCGAUGGCCGCGGUCGCGGCGGCGAACGAGAAGUUUAUCCAACCGCGGUCGCUCGUCGAGGAGUUCAUGAGCAUCACGGACGGUCAGGUGAUGGUGGACUCGUACUCUCCGAAAAACGGCUGGGUCAUCAGCGUUAAAGAUUCAGUGUCGCGCAUCGGCACCCCCGGCGCGGCGGCGCCGUUGAAAUCGCUCGACAUGAUGCAAAUACGUCUGGACGUCAUGCAAGCGGACGACAUGGUCGCGUUCGGAAACGAGGGCGACGAGAAGGACUACAUGGGGUCGCGAUCGCAGUCGAUCCGCGGGGUGUUACGACAAACCCCAGGGGAACCGUCAACGCUGUCGGAGACCGUCGUCGGGGUGUAUGGGUUACAGCGCGGGCACGUGAAAAACAUGAACGCGGACGCCGCCGCCGCGCUGACGAAAAAGGCGGUGGAGAAAGCGCGCGAGACGAUCCCGGAGGUGAUGGCCGCGAUCGAUGCCGCGCCGGGGACGGCGCUCACCGCGGAGGUGGAGGCGAAGCUGAAGACGUUGUACGAGUGAAGCCGCGUCGAAGAGCGAGGAUCGGGAGUAGAUGACAACAAAACGAAAAAAUAAACUCAAUUCAGAAGAAGG